AUGAAGUGGCCUAACGAAGUGUUCUAUUUAAGACACGAUGAUAUAAACCACCCUUUUGAAAGCAAGAGGGCUAACCGGCGACAGCAACUGGUUUCACAACGGCAUCUAGACAAUAAUUAUAACAUGAAGUGCCAUUACAAAGUGUUAAAUUUAAGAGAAGAUGCCCAUCCUUCAGAAAUAAAGAGGGCUUACCGGCGACGGCGAAUUGCUUUACAACGUUAUCUGGAAAAUAACUUGGAGAUGGCUGAGGAGGAAAAGGAGGAGAAGAAAAAAUUAUUGCAGUUAGUUCAGAAUGCAUAUGAAGUGCUCUCUGACCCUCAAGAACGAGCGUGGUAUGACGACAACAGGGAAGAUAUACUACUGGGCGAAGGCUACUACGCUUGUGAUUUAGAGGCUUUUGAUGUUUACCGUUACUUUUCUCCAUCCUGUUACGAAGGUUUUGGUGAUGAUCCUCGAGGAUUUUAUGGAGUAUAUGCUGAGGUAUUUUAUAAUUUGGCACUGGAGGAAAGUAUAUACCUUGACGACACGGAUGUCACCAAUAUACCCAAAUUUGGCAAUUCUACUACUGAAUAUGAGCAAGUUCGUGAAUUCUAUGCAUAUUGGAUGGAAUUCUCCACAAAUAAUAGCUAUUGGAAUCGUGGUCCACAUAAGAUAUUACCGUGCGAGAGGAAUUAUAUUAAUUACACAAAAUUAAAUUUAAAAUUAAAAGAAAAUUAUCAAAUUAGAUAUAUGGCGCAAAUGGAACGAAAUGAGGUGAUUAGGAGACUUGUUAGCUUUGUGCGCAGAAAAGACAAGAGAAUUAUAGAACAUGAUAGAUCACAGAAGCGCAAGGCUAAAGAAGAAAGAAGAUUUUGA